AUGGACCCUGCCGUCACUGCCCUGGUGACCCAGGUGCUGCAUGACACCAUGCAGCAGCCCGCCGCGCAGCAGCACUUUAAUCACCCGGUGGACACCGUGCAGUACCCUGACUACCACCUUCUCGUCAAGGAGCCGGCCGACCUGGGGAGCAUCGCGGCGCGGCUGGCCUGCGGCGGCUUCAGCUCCCCCUCAGAGGUCGCGGCCGCGGUGGCCCGCGUCUGGACCGCCUGCCGCACCUACAACGACCCUGCCUCCGACAUCGUCCGCCUGGCGGGCGCGCUGGAGGCUGCCUUCGCCCAGGCCUGGGCGCGCACGGGCCUGCCGCACAGCAUGGCGACGUAUUCGGCCGGGUCGCGGGCGGGGCACCCGCUGCAGCGCUGCCUGACGGUGGUGGAGGCGGCGCUGGAGCGCGCCCCGGCCAGCGCCGGCCUGGCCGCCAUCCGCGACCGCCUCGCCCCAGGCCAGCGCAACGGCUGGGGCACGGUGGAGUACAAGUCCACGGCCGAGGUGCUGCGCGACCUGCGCGCCGCCAGCGCCGGGCCUGACCAGCCCGCCGUCGUGGCGGCCUGGGCGGCCGAGGGGCUGGGUGCCUGGGCGCCUGCCCCGGGGCCGACGGCGCAGGGGCAAGAAGCCCCGGCGCUGGGCUCGCCCACCGUCCCCUCGCCCCACUCCGGCUCGGAGGCGGGGCCCUGGUCGGCCUUUGGCGCGGCGGACGCCACGACGGCGGCGCCCAUCGAGGCCGACGGACCACCCGCGCCGCCGCCCGCCCAUACCGACUCGCUCCGCACCGGCAGCCUGACUUCCAGCCUGGACCUGUCCGGGGUCAAGCCGGGCGCACCCGGGCAUCGGGGCCGGGGCAAGGGACGCGCGCAGAAAGUGCUGGCCAAGGAGCGGGAGGCGAUGGCGGCGGCCCGCACGCUGCAGCGCAAGCGCGAGGCCGCCGCGGAGGCCGCGCUGCAGCUGCGCGAGGCCAUCGCGCUGGAGCAGGAGGCGCGCAAGUUUUGGGAGGAGGUGGCCGAGGUGCAUGCCCGCCUGCGCCAGCCGCCGGAGACCUCCACACAGGACGAGGCCUGGUCGCCGGGCGCGCGGUUCGUGCCCGCCACGUACACUGCCGACCAUGCCGCUGCACUGCAGCCGCGCUGGGACGCACUGCGGGAGGCGGGGGCGUACUGGGCGCACCGCUGCGCCUGGCAGCCGCGCCCCUGCGCGGCGUGA